UCAACCUCGGCGCUUGCUUGUCUUUUUCUUUUUCUUCCCGCGCUGUCUUCGUGCGUCCUUCACAAGAAUCCCCCUGAUCUACGCCGAUCCUUCGCGCAACAUAUUACCCGCCCGAUUUCAGAGCGCUCGUGGUGCGAAAAUACCGCCUGCGUCAUGGGCUGCGACUGUGCCUUGCCUUCCGAAUAAUAACCGACCGAAUAAGUCGCCGUCACGAUACCAUACUGGCGACCCGAAACCAAACCGCCUGCAUCUCAUUCGUGUCGAUUGAGGAGAGUCAUUCGAUCGACGAGAUAGAGCAGGAGUCAGCGCAUGAUUCUACCAUGAAUACUCGAUUGUCUUCAGGACUUGGGCUCUCUGUUAUCUAUCCUUCUCGCGUGACCGAUAUCUCUAGCAAUCCAUCCUCAAGACAUGCUCGCACAACUGCGCCUCCUUUCGCCGUGCCUCUCCCAUUAUGCUGAACCCCGCCUCUCCCCCCUCACCGACCUCCUCGGGGAGGAAAAGACCGCAUUCGGCCACCGAUACGUCCUCAAUGCCUGCGGAGUCUCCGGCGCAGUCUCAGCAGCAGGCCGCCCGUGAUGCGCCCACCCCCGCAAAACCCAUCGCGUCCUCCUUAGCCUCCAACUCCUCUUCUUUCCGCAAUGUAUCCGCCUGCAAUCGGUGUCGUCUGCGAAAGAACCGUUGCGACCAGCGACUUCCCCGAUGUCAAUCCUGCGAGAAGGCCGGCGUCCGCUGCGUCGGGUACGACCCCAUCACGAAACGUGAGAUCCCUCGCAGCUAUGUUUACUUCCUCGAGGCUCGUGUGGCUUACUUGGAGAAGCUGUUGAUGGACAAUAAAAUCGAGUACAAGGAGCCGGUUGCAUUCGAUGAAGAAGAAGCCGUGAAAGUUGAGGCGAGACUUGAUGCGCCUCAGGCACCGACCGCGGCCUCCGAGGGCCCAGCUUCUGCAGCUGAAGAGCCCACUGCGGACGGAACUGACAAGGGGGUGAAAAAGGAGAAGGAAACCUGGGUCUCGAGACAGGACAGGGAUGGUUCGAGCGGACAGGAACUGGAAAGAAAUCAGGAUGCCAACAAAGAGGACAAUUGGCGAAUACAUAAUCUCGUGUCGAAUAUAGGCAUGGUGUCAGUACAGGGGACUUCCGAUCCACGAUAUCUUGGCUCAACAUCCGGAAUUUCCUUCGCGCGUGUGGUCUUCGCUGCCGUCAAAAGCUCCGUGUCGGGAAAUGUGGCCGAGCGUGGGCCAAUGCGCCCCAAUGAACGCCUACCGCACAGUGCCACGGGGACUGGCGGCAGCACAAUGCGAGACUCCUUCUUCGGUUUACAGACGAGGCCGACUAUGAAGUGUGCGGCAUUUCCGGAUCGGGACCUGGCUGAAAGGCUGGUCAAUCUCUAUUUUGAGCAUGCAAACGCGCAGAUACCCAUUCUUCAUCGGGCCGACUUCAUGGAGAUGCUCGAUCGGACGUAUGCAGUCGAUGAGAAGAGCCGCUCUCCGCGCAGUCUUUACACCCUCAAUAUUGUGUUCGCGAUAGGUGCGGGAAUCAUCUUUGAGGAUAAGCCAGCAGGCGACGUGAAAAGAGACAAUCGGGAAAACUCGCCCACAUCCUCUAGCUCUAAGAGGCCUCGACUAUCGAGCCAUCAACAUCAACCGGAAGAGUACCACGCAUCUGCGAUCAUUCACCUCGAGUCAUUUCUGGGAAAUACUGCCUCGGGAGACGGGUCGGGGGCUUUGGAGGAAUUGCAAGCGGUGCUGCUUCUUGCUAGCUUUGCUCUACUGCGACCUGUGGCUCCUGGGCUGUGGUAUAUCGUGGGCGUGGCAAUGCGACUGGCAGUUGAUCUCGGCUUGCAUUAUGAGGAUGGUACGGAGAUUGAUGCACCGGGAGACGAAACUAUCAAUCGCACCCAGGGCAAGGGCACGGAUAAAUCUAAGACGCGAGUCGAUACCCGUGAACUGGGGCGACGCGAAUGGGUGCGUGAUCUCCGUCGUCGUCUGUGGUGGUGUGUAUAUAGCCUCGAUCGUUUGGUCAGUUGCUGUGUUGGUCGUCCGUUCGGUAUCAGCGAUCAGUCCAUCAGUACCGAGUUUCCGUGCGAAUUCGAAGACAAAUAUAUCACCAAGUCAGGGAUUGUGACGCCACCUGAAGGCGCGCCAAGUUAUAAGCAUGCAGCACACCAUUACUUCAAGCUGCGAGUGUUGCAGUCGGAAAUCCAGGACGUGCUCCAACACCAACAAGCUCGAUUCCUUAGACAACGGUCUCCAUAUGCCGUCAAAAGACCCAUCCGGUCCGAUAUCGUAUCUCCCUUCCUUCAGGGCUUCGACUCGUUUCAUUCCUGGCGCAAAGACGUUCAUAGGCGGCUGGCAGAGUGGCAGCAGAGUGCGCCGACCCGCCGAGACACAGGCGUCCAAUUUUCUGUUGAGUUCCUUGAGCUGAAUUACUGGCAGGCUGUCAUCAUGUUAUACCAGCAGAGCUUGACAGUUCCAGCAGAACUAGCCGACGAGAUUAUGCCUGCCGAAGACGUGUCUAGUCCGUCGUUCUCUAAUGUGGAUGAGGUGGAGGAUGAGGAUGAAAUCUAUUACAAGGUCGCCGAGGCUGGGCAGAAAGUGAUUCGAAUCUACCGCCAGAUGCAUCGGGUGCGGUUAGUCAAUUAUACUUAUCUUGCUACACACCAUAUUUUCAUGGCGGGUAUUUCUUUCCUGUAUGCGAUAUGGCACUCGGUUCUGGUUCGCAGCCGCUUGACACUUGACGAGGUCGAUUUCACCGUCCUCGCUGCCACGUCCGUUCUGGGGGAUCUCAUGCAUAAAUGUCCGCCUGCAGAGGCAUGUCGAGAUGCCUUCGAGCGAAUGAGCAAAGCCACCGUACAAAUGUGCCUUUCGACCACCGGCUUCGGAUCUCAGGUUGAUCUUGGCCGCAUCCAAGCAGAAGCCGCCCAGCGACAGGCCGCCGCGCUCCACGUCAACCAGACUAGAGCAUACGGAGGCAAUCCGGUCGAUCCACGGGCUCGCCAUGUCCAAGCCCCCGUCCGCCGACAGGGCAGCGGAUCUAUACGACAAGCACCGCGCCCACUGCCGCGUUUCGACAUGAAUCUCGGGGAUCUGUUCAACGAUAAUACCGGUGUGUCCGACCGACCCAACAACGGGCCCAGGAAACCCAUGCAGCCCUACCCAGCACCAGCACCAGCACCAGGAAACCGAGGACCUCGACCCGACUAUCCCGAACCUUCCGCAUCCAACUACCCCUCGGAUCGGUCCUCUAUCCGGCCCCAUCCCCAACGAACCCCAUCCCUCGAAUACUACGCCUCCCCAUACGACAACCCCGUCUCACCACAGACCCAACAGCACCCGCAUCCACAGCAACAACAACAACAACAACAACAGCAGUAUUACUUCGCCAACUCCCCGCAACAGAGCGCCUCCCCCAACAGCGUCGGCGCCAGCAACAACAACCCCAACCACGCCGCAGGCGCCCAUUACCCGCUCCCUCAAGACCACCCUACCUCCAUCAGUCUCGAUUUCCUAGACUUCGACCCCACCGGCACAGCAGAAGGCCAGGUCCCCAGCAACUCCGACGACAACAACAACAACAACAACAAUCCCGAAGACAAUCUCCAGGCAAUGCCCUCCCUGGGCCACGGGGUUGGCCACAGCGUAGGCAUCGACCUCGGCUUCGGCAUGGCGAUGGACUUCCAGCAUGACUGGAGCGAAAACGCCAAUUAUGACAUUCUGGAAGGGUACUUUUUCGGUGGAUCCGGGAAUAACGGGCCGCCUGGUGAGGGGUGAGUCGGCCUCUUGUUUGGGAUGUGGAUUGAUGGCUAGGGAGGGAGGAAAUUCUGGUUGUUACUGGAAUUGAACCACAACCCAUGGGUUCGGGCGAAACCCGGCUUAUCUAUUC